UAGGUGACCCUGGUUGGCAUGAUCAAAGAUGCAGAAAAAGCACCAACAAACAUUUUGUACAAAUUGGAUGAUAUGACUGCACCCCCAAUGGAUGUAAGACAGUGGGUGGAUACUGACGAAGUCGGAAGUGAGAAUAUUGUUGUUCUCCCUGGUAGCUAUGUAAAGGUAGCUGGUCAUCUCCGAUCAUUCCAGAACAAGAAGAGCUUGGUGGCUUUUAAAAUCAUGGUUUUGGAAGACAUGAAUGAGUUAACAUCACACAUGUUGGAGGUGGUGCAGGCUCACUUGUUGCUAAACAAACCACAGCCUGUGCCUGGAGGAUCUCUAGCUUUGCACACCCCAAUGCGAAAUGAAGGUACAAUGGGGCUAUAUGGUGGUGGUAAUGAGGCAUUGAUGAAUGGACUAACAAGUCAACAAAGUCAGGUACUGAAUUUGAUUCGCAACUGUCGAGAACAGGAGGGCAUGAGCAUUGACUACAUGAGGAAAACACUGAAGAAUAUGAACAUCAUUGCUAUCAAGCAAGCAGUAGAAUUUCUUAGCAAUGAAGGACACAUCUAUUCUACGGUGGAUGAGGAUCAUUUCAGGUCAACAGAUGCUGAAUAAUUGAGGAAUAAAAAGAUGUGAAGCUAAAAUUCUGAACCCAUUCUAAAACCUGCAGAGUCUAUCAUCUUGUAGUAAAAUGUAAAUAAUAAUCAAUUUUAACAUGAAGGAGUGGGUGUCUCUAUGUUCUACUUGGAUUUUUCACAUUGUUUGAUUGCAAACAGCUGCAUUUUUGGUUUUGUAAAUCUGCACUUUUUUGUAUCAUGAUAGAAAAUAAACUCUCUUUGAUCUUGA